AUGAUGUCUGAUGAUGUAUUUUCUCUUCCUUCCAAAGUUUUCCCUCAACAACUUGCAGAAGCAAACCCUAACCCAAAUUUAAACGAAAACCCUAUUUCGAAGAAGAGAAGAAAUCUACCGGGAACACCAGAUCCAGAUGCAGAAGUUAUUGCUCUUUCACCAAAAACACUCAUGGCUACAAACAGAUUCAUCUGUGAAAUCUGCAAGAAAGGUUUCCAAAGGGACCAAAAUUUGCAGCUCCACAGAAGAGGACACAAUCUUCCAUGGAAACUUAAGCAAAGGGCUAACAAAGAUCAGAUAAAAAAGAAGGUCUACAUAUGCCCGGAAAAGACCUGCGUUCACCACGACCCGUCCCGGGCUCUUGGGGACCUCACCGGGGUCAAGAAGCACUUCAGCAGGAAACAUGGUGAGAAGAAGUGGAAAUGUGAGAAAUGUUCAAAGAAAUAUGCCGUUCAAUCAGACUGGAAAGCUCAUUCUAAGACUUGUGGGACUAGGGAAUACAAAUGUGACUGUGGAACUCUCUUUUCCAGGAAGGAUAGUUUUAUUACACACAGAGCUUUCUGUGAUGCAUUAGCUGAAGAGAGUGCAAGAUCAAUUGGAGCCAAUAAUUUGAACUUCAGAAAUGAUUUGAAUGGGAAUCUGAUGAACCCUGUACAAAAUUUGGCUCAUGGGUUUUCUGGAAUUCCCCUUCUUGGAGCUGGUUUUAGACCAGAUUUUAAUGGUAUGGCCCCGGCCGGUAAUUCUGAUCAGAAGCCUAGAUUAUCACUUUGGUUGGAUCAUGUGAAUUCUCAGCUCAAUCCAAUUGAUGCAAAUUCAAAUCUUUUCAUGCCUAAUAUGAUGCAAAUGGCAUCGAAUAACAAUGUUUUCGACUCGUCAAAUCAGUUUCCAUGGCUGGAAAGAACAGCAGCAUCUGCAAAUCUCUCUUUGUUUCCACCACAAGGCCUAAAGGAAGAGGCAGUGAUUAGCAAAGGGUUAACAAUGGCGUCUGCAGAAUCCCUUUCUUCUUUAUACUCCAAUAAUCAGAAUCUUCACUCGAACUCUUCAGCUUCUGCAUCAAUGUCUGCAACUGCACUUCUGCAAAAGGCAGCUCAAAUGGGAUCAACCAAAAGUAAUCCAACAUUCUUCAACAAUCCCUUGAACAGAAGUGAAUUGCACCAGGUUUUCAAACAGCAGGCACUGGAGAAUUCAACGCCGAAUUUUGUAUCUUCAACAAGUACUACUACAAUUGACGGCCUGGAUCAAUCUAUGCAAAGAAGUGGAACAGCGGAAAGCCUACAGGCUUCUGCUAACUUGCAUUUGGGGUUCAGAGAUUUUCUAGGCAUGGGAGGAGAAGGUGGCGCCAACCCAUUCUUGCCACCGGAGCUGGCGAAAUUCGCAUCCAUGAGUUCAGCCAUGGGAUUGAGCCCUUUCUCUAGCAAUCACUAG